AUUCGUCCAAAAUCUUCACAGCGGCGACAUCUUCAGAGCCUGGAGUGGAAAACUUCCAAAGGUUCCUGAAGGCAGCACCGUAGUUCGGUACAGUACGUUAAACUCGCUCACAAACAACACGCGUUAAAGGAGCAGCUCGGAACUGUGUGCGUUUCCUAAUAUUAAUCAUAUUAAUAAUAAUUAUCACAAUACAAAUAUUUUUAUCCACAGAAAUCAGGUCAGAGCAAAGACUAAAUAUCGCGAUAGUUCAGUACUUCAGUUUAACGCUAUCGGGUGCAGCUAGCUGCUAGGUACGCAUUAAGAAAAACUAAGGUAAGUGUUUUUAUUUGCGCAUAUAAAUGGCAUUAUACAUAUGGACAAAUUAUGCACAGCUUCAAUUACAAUCUGCACACGAGAAAAUGAAAACCCUAAAGUGAAGUUAUGAAUUACGUUAGCUAACGAACAGCAUUCGUGCGUAGGCGCAGGCUAAUGCUUCUCACAGCAGUCGGUAGAUGCUAAAAAUAGCUUCGGCUGUUGAGCUCAGCCUCCAGAUGAACAGAAAACUACUACAAUAAUUUCUGCUUUUUAAGUGAGGGGGCCCGAUGCACACGGUCAUUCAUAAAUGCCUCUGAAUAAUUAAUGCGUUAGUAGCUUUAAACUCCGGGGUGAUAUCAGCGAGUUAGCGCCGUUAGCUUAGCUGCUAACACAGCUCAGGGUCUGUUGUUCAGGGUACUCCUUCAGGGUAUCUGUAGGUCCAGACAAAUUCUCUCCCUCUUUUAAGUCUUUUAAGUGCAUUAAAAGACUUAAAUUUAUUUCACAUAGGUCUUAAAUGUCGGUGAUAGAAUGUUGAAAAUCUGUAAUUGUCAACAACAACUGCUGGAAAAUCUCCAGAUCGAUUGUUUCAGAGCCCUGAUGUUAAUCCUGUAAAGUUCAUACACGGACCUGGGAUAAAUAGGCUAUCCAGCUGUUCUCUCCUGCUCAUCCUGGUCCAGGCUCUGUUUAGUGAAUAUGUAAAACUUUUUAUUAGGAGUUAUUUUUAAACACAAGCGGGAAACACUGACAGAAAUGUUCUAUAAAUGGCAAUAAAUCCUUGCACCUGGUAAAUAACUGUAUUCCACUCACUUUGGUUGACGUGAUUGUGACAGUGAAGUUUAAUUUUGUGUUGUAUUUUUGUCUGAUUGUCUCCCUGCUCACUGUCAGCCCAUCCAUUACCAGACACAGUAGGGACGACAUUUUGUUUCUUCAGGCUCAGUGAUGCUGCAGUGAACAUUUAAUCAGUGCAAAAAGAAAACAAACAAAACAUGAGGUGCAAAGUGAGAGAGGUAGAGUUAACCAGCGUGCAGUCAGGUGGAGAGAUGGGGCCACAGGUUCUUCACUUCCUUCACGUCUUUAUUAAAGUGACUGUCAGUGAUGCAUACAGAUGUUUAAUAUAUUAGUCACUGAUUUCCAGAGUUUCUCUUUUUUCACUGAGGAUAUUUCCAUCACUGUCUACAUCAGUUCAUUUUCUUCCUCCUUGCCUGCAGUGAAUUUUGAGUCUUUAAAGCCUUUCCUGUCUCCUUUCCUAGCCUUCUUUAAAUGCCUCUCAUGUCCCAGUAAUUACAACUUACAUCUACUCAGAUGACUGUUAAUGAAUCACAGUCAUUUUCCUCCAUUUACAUGCCUCUGUGGCUCAGUGCCUCUUCACUGGCUUCUGUUUUCGUAGCGGAGGCAGCGUUUGAAGAAUGUCUCUACCUCAUUGUGUUUCAGCAGAAAUAAGACAUUCUCCAGAGAGGAAGAGGAGUUCCCCAUCACUUUGACCAAGUUUACUCUUUGCACAAGACAUUAACUGACAUUAACUUCCUCCAAUCCUUAAAAAAUUACGCCUUUUUUGUGGCCUGCUUCAUUCUUUAUCUUGAUUCACCUGUGCUGAGGCGUAUCGAAGCCAGAGAGCAGCUCCACUUUGUGACGUCAUGUCUCAGAAGUCGCAGUCAGACGGCGGUCAGAAACAUUUCGCUGUGGGUCGGGGGCUCCUGGCCGCUGCAGAGACCUUGAACUUCAACAUGAAUGAACAGCGAUCCAGCCGGCAGAUGGGGGGCAUGGCCUCAGGUGUGGGGGUGGGUGGUGGCAGUGGCGGCGUGGAGGCCCAGGACAGCAGCUCUCCGAUGUCCCGGCGCAGCGGGGGCAGUAAUCUUGGCAGCACAAUGAAACUGUUCGCCAGUUUGGGGCUGUCGCCAUCUGACCUGGACGCUCUGGCUGAAAUCCCAGAGGAGGACAUCAGUGUGGAGACGCUGCCGCGCAUCCUCAUGCAGCUCAAGAGCCGCAAGGGGGACGCAGGAGAGCGGCGGAUGGCAUCCUCCAUGUCUUCUGACGCUGUGUAUCGAGGAGGCAGGGAAAACUGGGACGACCUGCAUGUGGGGAGGAUCAGCGGUCCUUCUCUGAGUCAGGGUUCAUCCAGGGCCCAGCCCUCUGCAGACUUUGGGUACGGUUCCCUGCAGGACGCGUCCUCCAGCCGGGGCUACAGCUUAAAUUACAGCAGCAGCGGAGGCGGGGGUGGGAGCAGAGACAGGCCGUAUUCUGAGCUUUCCCACCAUGACUCCUACGGUGGGCUCAGCAUGGGCCCGCCGUCGUCCAACUCCGUCUUUAUGCAGAGGAGGAUGGGCUCCCCGUCGAACGGAAAAGUCCAAGACUUCUUGGGAGUCAUGCCCCCCAUGUUCCCCCAUGUGUGCUCUCUUUGUGACUUUGACGUUCAUUCCACCAUGGAGUGGAACCAGCACGUGAACGGACUUCGACAUGCUGGAAACAGGCGGCUGCUCCUCGACAUGUAUCCGGAGUGGGACCCUGGUAUGGCCUCAGGCAGAGGUGGGGGGUUACUGGAGACCCCCAACCUGUCUGCAGGACUGCUGGGACCUGCCCCUGUGUCUUCAGCUCAGACAGCAGGAGGGAUGUCCUCCAGCUGGGGAGGAGGUGGAGGACCUGGUCUGUCAGGGAAGAACCAGCCGGGCCAGAAUAAGCUGAGAAGCAGAGUGGUGGUGGUGAAGUACGACAGGAAGCCCCUCAGCAACAAGACCCUGUUCGCCUUCACCGAGCCGUUCGGCUGCCUGAGGGAGCACCUGGUCCUCAAGAACAAGGCCUUCUUAGAGAUGAACAGCCACGAGGAGGCUCAGGACAUGGUCAACUACUACGAGCAGCAUCCGGCGUCUCUGUACGGCAAACCCAUCACCUUCUACCUGUCCAAGAGGCUGAUGGUCAUCGAGAAGGACGAGCGGUCGUCGCACAGGGUGAUGGACAGACCUGCCAAGGAGGUCAAAGGUCACGACAGCCAGGUGGUCUUCUUCUCCAACCUGCCCAGAGAGGAAGAGAAGAAGAAGGAGCUCCUCACCAUCGCCGGACGCUUUGGCAUCGUGGAGAAACACCUUUUUCUGACUGACCAGGCGUUUGUCCAGCUGGAAACCCCCGAGGACGCAGAGAUGCUGGUGAAGUAUUACAGCGUGAACCCCCUCACCAUUAAAGGAAGACCGAUCCGCCUCAACAUCUGCACCAAGUACAAAACGCUCAAUGUGAACCGGCGACAGGGUGGAUCUGCUGGAGACGGUCGGAGCCAGAGGAGCAGUGGAGCAAACGCCUCCUCCAGCUCCGGAACCAGGACCUCCUCCAACUCCAGGACCUCCUCGUAUAAAUCCUCAUCCAGCUCCAGGACCAGAGAGGAGGAGAGGAAGAAGGAGGAGGAGAUUGUGUCCGGGGUGAUGGAGGGGGAGGAUGGAGGGGAGAAGGAGGUGGAGGAGCAGGUGGAGGAGCAGGUAACUGAUGGAGACACAAAGGAGGAGGAGCCAGAGAGAGUAGAGUCUGAGCAGACAGUGGAGGAGUCUUCAGGAGACAUUCAGGAGGAGCAGGUUCCUGGUGAUGAUGUCACUGAUGACACAUCUGGACACGGGGGCGAGACUGGAGGUGAGGCCAGGCAGUGGGCGGAGCCAGAGGGACAAACAGAACCAACGGAAACCGAAGCCUCGUCUGAAGAACACGAGAACAAAGAGGAACCGAGCGCGGAACCAGGAGAGAGCUCCGAGACGGUGGAGGGAGAUCUGCCCUCAGACGUGUUUGAUCGGGACUUCCUGGAGAACAUGGAGGACUUUGUGACGUUGGACGAACUGGCAGAGGACGAGGACGAAGAGCUCAGAGAGUCUGACGCCAUCGACAGCACCAGGAGAGGGGGAAUGAGGGUGGUGAACAUCGUGGGUUUCAGACGAGGCUACAACUUCCUCAACGAGCUGCUCGCACUCGCCAAACCGUUUGGGAAAGUGGUCAAACACCUGGUGCUGGACCUGAGACCUGAGGCGUACCUUCAGUUUGCCACAGAAGAAGAAGCUCGAGCGAUGGCUAAGUUUUACAACGGGAACGUCUCAGCGUCAGUGUGCGGUCGGCCGGUCAGGGUCACUCACUCCAUGACCUACCCCACCAUCCAGUGCGGCUCCAGCAGGGUGGUGUACGUGGGUCAGAUCCCCAGCAGUAAAUACUCUGACGAGGCUGUGCUGAAGCUCGCCGAGCCGUUCGGGAGGGUCAGGAAGUACUUCCUCAACCGGAUCAAGAGAGAGUGUUUCAUCGAGAUGGAAAAAGCAGAGGACGCAGAGAAAAUGGCCGAACACUGCAAAGCCGAUCCACCGAAGUUCAACGGGAAACGCCUGACAGUCUACGUCAGCAGGAAGUACAGGCAGCUCAAACACGGACAUCGGUGUCCGAGCACAACAAAGAGAGAAAACAGCAGCACGACAGCAAAGUCCUCCAAACACCCCGAAGAACCUCCGGCUAAGAAAUUCAAGGAGGAGAAGGAGGGAGAGGAGGAGAAACUGGAGGAGGAGGAGAAGAAACCAGAGGAGAAACUGGAGGAGGAGGAGAAAAAGGAGGAGAAGACAGAGGAAGAGAUGCAGAGCUCCGACGAGAAGAGAGAGGAAACAGCAGAGAGGAGCGGUGAUGAUAGGGAGGGGUUGUCCUCUCAGCUGCAGGAGGUGAAACAGGGGCAGGAGGAGCAGAUGGUGACGUCGACCAAUCAGAACGGACAGACCGAGGCCCCCCCGCCCACAGAAAACAAGCCGAGCGUGGCGUCUCUGCCGCUGCCCCCCUACGACCCCGACACGCCUAUCGGUGUGGAACACGUGAAGAUGGGUUACUACUGUCGGGUCUGCUUCCUGUUUUACUCCAACGAAGACACGGCCAAGAAAACACACUGCAGCAGCCAGACGCAUUAUGACAAGCUGCAGAAAUAUUUGGAGAAGGAACAAACCAAAGCAGAGAAGAAGAGGGGGAAGAAGACGACGGCGUGAGAACUUCGUCCAUCGCAGAGGAGUUUUCUGUGAGACGCUCAUCAUCCACGAGCUUCGACAGGAAACACGUCUGUGUUCGGCUCCAGGUCUCACGCGUUUGUCCGGCAGGUGAACUUUGACGACGUCGUGUGCCAGCAUGAGGCUUCGCCGUCAGACAGGAAGUUGAGUUCUGAGGCCUGAACAGAUGUUUAGAGUUAAAGCUGCUGUGUUUGGUCUGUCCAUGUGAGGAGCUGUUGGUGUGGGACGCUCGUCCUCUUCACGUCUGUGUGAUCGCAGGACAGUUUGUGCGUCUUCGCCCUGAGCAGCAAACAAACACACAUCAUCAUUAAUCUGUCGACUCACAGUGAAAAACGUUUUCUAUAAUUUGAUCAUUCUGAAAGUUCAGAAGCCAAAGAUCAGAUCGACACGUUUGAUCAGCAGCUUCCUGCUCGUGAAGUGACUCAGGCUCAGCUACGAAAGAUUUCCACUUCUGACAAACUCAUCGCUGGAUUUAUUCUACAGCAGACGGAAAGAACCAGUGCUCAAAGAAGCUUCAGUCGACUGAUCGAUUGAUUAACGGAGGAUCUUUGGGUCUAAAAUCAACAGAUUAAUCAGCUGAAUGCUCUUUACAGUGUCGUGUUAGGACGGGGUGGACAGGGUGGACAGGAGGGACAGUCACACACCAGCAGCUCUUCACACGGACACACUGUGUCCAUGGAAUAAUUCAACAUUCUGGGAAAUGAUCUCACCCUGCUCUGGUUAGUUAGGCUAAGCUAACAGUUAGCCUAGCCUGAGUUAAAUGCUGGAACUAUUUCUUGUCCUUCCGCCAGGUGCCACAGAGUCCUUUGAGUCUGUUUCAUCCUCAGAAUGAACUUUGACCUCUGAUGUUUUAUGUUGCUGAUGGUUUGGUUGUAAGAUAAAAUAAAGCUGUUUCCUCAGA